AUGAGUCAGAAAAUGGCCAAGGAGGGCCCCAGGCUCUCCAAGAACCAGAAGUUCUCAGAGCACUUCAGCAUCCACUGUUGCCCGCCCUUCACCUUCCUCAACUCCAAGCGUGAGAUCGUAGACCGCAAGUACAGCAUCUGCAAGAGCGGCUGCUUCUACCAGAAGAAGGAGGAGGACUGGAUCUGCUGUGCGUGCCAGAAGACAAGGACCAGCCGUCGUGCCAGGUCCCCUCAGAGGCCCAAGCACCAGCCAGCUGCAUCCCCCGUGGUGGUCAGAGCGCCGCCAGCCAAGCCAAAGUCCCCUCCGAGGCCAGCCAAGCCAAGGUCCCCUCCGAGGACUGAGCGCCAGCCGCGUCCCCGCCCAGAGGUCCGACCACCACCAGCCAAGCAGAAGCCCCCUCAGAAGUCCAAGCAACCAGCACGCAGCAGCCCCAUCAGAGGGCCGGGCGCCAGCCGUGGGGGGUCUCCCACCAGAGCUCCUAGGUUCUGGUAA